AUGUCGACGGAUAUAUCAAAGAUUAAAGCCGAGAUUAAGGAAUGGCAACGCGCUUAUCGACGCGCACAUGGGCGUGAUCCGGGCAAGGAUGAGUUGAGAAAGAACCCAGAGAUGCAGGCGAAAUACAAAAUCUGGCAAGAUUCGCUCAAGGUUCCUAAAACUUCGAAAGAUAUACCCCACAAACAAGACGACGAUGGAAGUACACCCCCUCGCCCAUCCCGGUCCCUAAUUCCAAAAACUCUACCUGUACCGAGCGCAUCGAAAGCACCUUCUACCCCCUUCUCAGCGCGUAAAAAGCAACCAACUAGGAAAGCUUCGUCCAGUUCUGACGAUCGAAUUCCUGCUCCAAACCUAUCCACCGCGAAACGAAACACUUCAGCCCAAUCUUCCCGAGUUAUACCGUUUAAUUCUAGCGCGAAGUCACAGACACGAGUGUUCCCUUCAAUGCUGGCCUCGGACUCUGAUGACGAUAAUCCGUUCGCGGCUCCGGACCCUGUUUCACCAACUCGCUCGAGGCGCACGUCACCAACCAAAUCUGUAGGAGGUGUAUCGCCCACUAAACCUUUCGAAUCUCCUUCGAAAGCUAACCUCCGGACACCAUCUAAACCCAAGCCCCGCUCAUCAUCUCCGUCAACCCAACCCUUCCUGACACCCCGGACUAAAGCACGUAAACGAAUGAGAGGAGAAGAGGUCCCUGCUACACCUGGAGAUAAACGACGAAAACUUGGUGCCGUACGGUCUAUUCUAUCUACUCAGGAUGAACAGGAAGAAGAGGAUCAAGAUGAAAUUGUCGACUCGCCCAAGAAGAAGCGAGCCACAACGGUGAACGGGAGGGUAUUUACGGGUUUGUUUGAUGAUGAGGGCACUGCUGGUGGUUCUACUAUGGGCGAUGAAGGCGGAGGUGGGGAUACAACUUCAUUCAUUGACGAUAUGUCAAGUUUAAGGAGUACGCCACCCCCGCCUCCUUCCGAACCCGAUCAUGAUUGGACAUCCACGCGGUCUCAUUCGGACGAGGACGAGGAGCCUCCCGCCAGACCUGGGACUCGACCAGUCUUGCCAGCAUUUGGGAAAUGGACGCAAGAUACGUGGGAUGCUCCGGCUCCCGGGACAGACUUUUCACACCUCAAGAAAGGGUUUGGCAAACCUCAGCCAGAGCCCACGAAACAGAAGGCAAAGGGGAAGGAGAAAGGAAAGGAAAAGGAAAAGGAGUCUUCUCAAACUGUAUCGAAUCCGUUCGACUUGUUACCACCCCUCCCCAUGCAGGAUGACCAACCUUCUUCUACUAAAUCCAGAUUCGACAAUAAAUCAAGAGGAGACAACUCGAGGUCAAAAGGAAAGAAAGGAAAAGACAAAGAGGUAGAGAUGGACGGUGCGGAAAGUUCAGAUGGUGAAAUGGAUGUGAACGAGAUCGAGUGGAAGCCAUAUGGACCAUUGAUGGGUUCUCAAACCCAGCACUCCGACUCUCAGACCCAAACACCUUUUGGCUCUCAAGCCCGACCGUCGCUUGGCUCUCAAGCUCAAGCUACCCAACCACUAGAGAACGAAGCGGAUGAGGAGCCAGACCUAGCGUCCAAUCUCCCGUCCGAUCUCCGCACUCUCCUCUCGCUUCAUUCUACCCGUCGAGAAUUCCUAAGAUCGGAUUCGUUGGCUAAGGAUGUUUUGGCCGGACGCUCGACUUCGGCCCGAGCUGGGGAAGUAUGGGGUGUUGGAGAUAUGGAGGACGAGGAGGAAGGAGAGGGUGAUGACUGGGAUAGUGAACCCGAGGGAUGGAAGGGGGUGGUCGAGAUGUAA